AUGGCGUCCUCUGCGAGAUUGCUCAUGGAGCGGUCGAAGAAUGUCACGAAAGGGUUGAAUUUCACAAUGGCGGAGACAUCCAAGUCCGCGAGGUCUAAUGCGACGGGACUCCUGAUUCAGAAGCUUGUCUUUGCAGAAAGCAAGUCGGUUCGGACUUCGACAAUCAUUCUCGCGGUUUUCAAUAUACUAGCUGCUUUUGCAACGGCAUGCAGUAUAGUAUACGACUGUUACUUUGCGUACAAGAGAUGUAAUCCAAAAUUCAAGGCAUCAAAAUUUUGUAUACGGACGAUACACCCAGCAGAGACCUUUCCAUUAAUCUUGGCGAUUGGAAUCGUUAUUCAAGGAAUUGUUUUUGCUGCUGUGCAGGGGCAGGGCCUCACAUCGUUGUUUACAACUGGAUGUUCAGUUACCGCGCAGUUUAUGUGGCCUGCAUUAUUCAUUGUGCCAUAUAUUCAACUCGUUUUCGGAAUCGAAUGUGCUGUCCGAUCUCUACGACCUCGACCAUUCCAAGCGAGGGGAAACCACAACGUUAAGAUAUAUAUUGUGCUCGUCGUGGUGAUGUUGGUGGUAACUUGGAUCCCUUCCAAUCUGACAAAAGAGCCGGAUAGCUGCUUCGCCUCAUUAAUGUGGUUUAUCACGAGAUUCGGGAUGGAUGGGCUGAUAUUAUUGACAAUGACUGCUUCAUUGAUGAUGAUCAGUGCUAUUAUAAUAUUCUUCAGGCUGUCGACGGUGAAGCUGAUUGAUGAGCAUCAAAGAAUUGCUGCGUCGCGAAUGGUCUACUAUCUUAUCUUGGGGACAAUAUCUUUGGCGUUUGUCAUUCCAUGGUUCGGUUCGCUCGUGCAGAAUGGCCCAGGAAACGGGGAUUUGAAAUUGUCCAUGAUGGCAACGGUGGUUGUCAAUUUGUCGGGAUUGAUCAGCGGCCUCUUGCAAUUAUUCCUUCGCGCAAACACAGCCACGACUUCAUUUGGUCCAAGAAGCCUAAAGGAUCGCAAGAAGCAUGAGAUCCGAAUGUGGGGGCCUAACGAAUUGGUAUUCAACAAUCACUUGAUGGACCCAUUAUCUGGACCUCGAUCGCCACCAAGGAACCUUGCUAGUCGAUCAGACAGUCGGUCAAGUUUAGUAGGAUUCGAAAAGGAAGUUGGGCGAGUUAUAAGCAUGGAAUCGGUGCGGAGCCCGCCGUUCGAAUUACCAGCUCGAUACAACAACAAUUUAGCAUCAAGUGCGAUCGAGCCAAAGACUUUCACCAAUUCUGAGUCUGCCUAUGAAACCGUCGCACCAGCAGCGCAUACACACGCACGAAAACCUUCAUAUUCUCUCUUUCCCCCGGAGAGAAGUCCAGACAAACUUCUUACCGUACCAGGAACACGGCAACAAGAGCCAACCUCCAUAUACGACAUUAGCGAUCUAACACCCCCACCUCCAAUCUUCGGACCUGGAUCCCGAACAAAUCACAGAAGAGAUUCAUCAAUGGCAUCUUCGGCAACGGUGCAAAUCGGACUACGAUUAUCGCAUGCCCCCGAACUAUCAGAAGAAGAUCUGCCGACUCUCCCUCUUCCUUCAACAACAUAUAACGCAAACGCAACUCGCCCACAAACGCCUGAGUCUCUCGACAUCAAAAGCUUCAACUUCUCAUCACUACCCCGAUCACCAUUGCGACCAAGCCCGUUAAACAUCAGCACAGUAUCACCUACCAAAAGCCCAACGUAUGUUAAUAAAACAUUACCACCUACACCGAAAGCAAAUAUUCCCAUCUCGCGCCUCAACGAAUCAAAUACGCAAUUAAGUCCGACCGUCUACUCACCCGACAAAAAGACAGCGCAAACACCGGAGAGCGCUACAAUGCCCAAGAACCCAUUGCGGGGAAAUCCUCUAGGCAGUCCGAUAUCUCAACCAGAAAAGACGGUUCAAGGUGGUGGCAAGAGUGAUUGGAUAUAA